AUGUCGGGGGGAAGCACUGCCGACUGCGGGCUGCAGUUAUUUUUGAAGCCAUUUCAGGAUGAGCUACAGGAAGCAAUUUCUGAUUAUGCAACAAGCAACAAAAGAGAUCAAUAUUCAGACGACUUUGAAAGUGAUGACGGCAUGUUAAAUGAUAUUGGGAAAGAACUUGCUGAAGGUAAUUCAGGUUCUACAAACACUGAAAGAUCUGUUGCUGGGAGUCCUGUCUUGAAUGAUGAUGUUUCACAAAAAGCUGUAAAUUUGGAAAAUGAAACUGCUGAUGACUUGAAUUUAUUUUUUCAUGUAAAGAAGCAUCAGCAAAUAAUGGUUUUAGAAGGUGAAAACAUACAGAACGACAGAAAAGAUGGCAGAGGAGGAUGUGUGGGAGGUCAAAAUGGGGAUAAUAUCAGAAAAAAUAAUGAAGUAUUGUGUGAUAAUAGUGAAAGUGAUGACUUGCCUAUUAAUGAACUUCAUAAAAAAAGAAAUCAAGAGGAAAACCAACCAAAAGCAAGGCCUUGGAUGCACAAAAAAGGAAAUGCUUCAGCAUCAGAUCAGAAGACUGUUGGCACCAGUGACUUGAAACUGGAGGACAAUGGUAGGAAAUCCCCUUUUGUUGACAGUUCAGAUAGAAUGAUGAAAAUAACAGAAGGGCAAAUAAUAACUGAUACAAUGCAGGAGGUGUCAGUGAAUGAUCAGUCUGAGCAUGGGGAGGCAAAGAACACGUCCAAGAACUCUGUCAAGAAACUAAAUGAAACAAAGAGAGUUCUACAAAACCCAAAGGCUUCUUUAUCUGACAGGUCUACAACUUUUGUGCAUUUAAAGAGAAAGGGGAAAGGUGUUCCAUCAACUUCACCUGUUUCAUCUCAGUAUGUGGGAUCAUUAAAGGUGCUGGAGGAUAAAAACAUGCAGAAGAAAAGUCCAGAAUUCAACAAAAUAUAUAAUUUAAUGGCAGCUGUUUUUCAGAACUGGUUGUAAAAGAAAAAGCUCCUUGUACUGGAAUUAAAGAGAAGUGAAAAGGAGAAAGCUGAAAUUCUAAGGAACAAUACUGAAAAGAAAGAAGCACUUAAAAGAGAAGAAUCUGUUGCAUGUUAUGAAGCCUGGGAAAAAAAAGAAAGAGAAAGAAGCAAAGAAGUUAAGAGGAAAAAAAAGCUUGAGGAACUUCAGGAAAAGAAAUCAGUAGAAAUGAAUAAGGAAAAAACAGAAACAGCACAAAAAGGCAUUCAAAAAUGGACAGAAAGAAAAGUGGAAUAUUUAAGAGAGCAAAGCAGGAAGGAAAAACAGUCCAAAAGAAUGAGGAAGACAAUAGAAGAGGACCUAGUUGCAGAGAAGAGGAGAGUCAGUGUAUCAGCAGUUGAAAAAUGGAAUGAAAAGAAGGAAGAAUAUAUAAAAAAGAAGAAAGUAGAAAAAUUCCUAGAGAAAAGAAAGGGAGAAAUGCAGCAGGCAAAGAAGGAAGAAAAAAGUGAAAAGGCUAUGGAGAAAUAUGAAAGAGGGCGAGAAAACAAAAUGAGGAGAGAAGACCUUGAGAAGAACCAAAAGAAGUUGCAGGCUGUCCGUGGGAAUGAAAUGAGUCCUCCCUGGAGGCCACCUGGCAAAGUCACAUAUUCUAGUAAUUACUGA